GAUUGUGCAUUUUAUAUGAAUGUAUAGGUUAUUUUACUAAAAUAAAACGGGACUGCAGAAUGAGAAUUCUGAAUCUAAUAAUUGUAACAUUUUCAAGAGUUAUCAUUCUCUAUUCAACUUUUAGUUGUUUUUUUAUGUCAAAGAAAUAAUAGAAUGUUGUAUGCUGUAAUUCAAAUCCAAGGCAUCUGUAUCAAGGUGAUAAGGGUUCUGAAUGCUAAAGAAAUGAAUGAAUAAAAGUGGCCUGGGCAAUUUGAGAGUGCUCACUCUUUCCUGAAAGUCCCUGUUAGGAUAUUUAUCCUAUUUUAUCAUCAUUAUAGUGUGUCAAGGGUUACCCUAUUUAUCAUGAUUAUAUUAUGUCUAGGAUUACCCUAUUUAUCAUGAUUAUAUUGUGUCUAGGGUUACCCUAUUUAUCAUGUAUUUAUUUUUAUAAAUAGAAGAUUGUGAGAGGGAUCAAUCAAGCCCUCUAGAAUUAUUUUACAGUUUCAAUCUUAAGUUGGUAUCAGAGCCUGGUUGAUCCCGCUCUGGUUUCUGUCUCGUAAUAUAUAUCUGUCCGGCGCCACAGUUCUUUGUCGCCCGCCACUGUCCACCGCUGCCCGCCGCCGGCCACCGUCAACCGUCGGCCACCGUUGUCCGUCGCCGGCCACCGUCCGGCCGCCGCCGCCGCCGGCCACCGUCGUCCGUCGCCGGCCACCGUCCGGCCAUCGCCACCGCCGCCGCCGGCCACCGUCCCCGCCGGCCACCGUCGUCCAUCACUGUCACAGUUUCCUUCGUCUAAACCCUUAGGGUUUUCUUGUUCCUCGUUAGUAUUAUUCGUCUUCUUCAGAAAUGGCGUCUGGCAGUACUCUUUCCUUCUCUGGAAGUCCAUCAAUUACCUCCGAGAAGCUAAAUGGAAAAAAUUAUCUAUCAUGGUCUGCUGCCGUUGAAAUGUGGUUCCUUGGCCAAGGGCAUUAUGACCACCUUGAGCGAGAUGGAAGCCAUGUGCCUACUGAAAAAGCUGAUCAGUGGAAACAAGCAGAUUUCCAGUUGUGUGCCCUGUUAUGGCAAUCAGUGGAACCCAAACUUCUUGUAUCUUUGAGGGCUUUCAAAACUUGUCACUCCUUUUGGAAGAAAGCCCAAAGCAUUUAUGCCAACGAUAUUCAACGUCUCUAUGACACUACGAACAAGCUUGCAUCUCUUAAAAUGGCAGACCAUGAUAUGGUGUCCUUCAUGGCUGAAGCCCAAUCUGCGGUUGAAGAACUUAGGAUGUUUUUGGAAGUAGAUCCAUUAGAGGAUAUCAAAAAGAAACUAGACAAAUUUUACAUGGUGUUGAUCCUUCGUGCCCUACAUCCCGAUUUUGAUCAUCUCAGAGAUCAACUUCUAACUAGUCAUGAGGUUCCCUCUAUGGAAACAUUGACCACUCGCCUUCUGCGUGUCCCAGUAUCUCAAACUCAUGAAGCGCAUGAACUAGUGGAACCAUCUGUCAUGGUUGCCACACGAGGACGAGGAGGACGUGGCACUAGAGGAGGAGGACGAGGAGGUCGGGGACGUACUCAAUGCACAUAUUGUAAAAGGAUGGGUCAUACUCAAGAGAAUUGCUACUCCUUACAUGGUUUUCCUUCCAAAUCUGCCAAUAUUUCGAAGAUUGAAACUUCCACUUCGAAAUCUGAAACCUCCACUUCUAUGUUUUCUGAGGAUGAAUAUCAAGAGUAUUUAAGGUUAAAGUCUAACAGCUUGGCACAACCAUCUCAAUCUCCCAAUACAUCAACAGCCUGCGUUUCUCAAUCUAUGGAAUGUCAAAAUUCAUGGGUAAUUGACUCAGGUGCUUCUGAUCACAUUUCUGGAGCGUGGUUCGGGGAGACAGAUUGGAGAAGGAUAUGAAGCUGGCGGAUUAUACCAUUUUGGAUCUCGUCCAAGGGUGUCUUGUGUUGCUACUCCUAAUCCUAAAGUGCUACAUGAUCGACUUGGCCAUCCUCAUUUGUCCAAAUUAAAAAAGAUGUGUCCUGAACUUAGUGGUCUCCAAACCUUAGAAUGUGAGUCAUGUCAAUUAGGAAAACAUGUUAGAUCUUCCUUUCCUAAAAGGUCUCAAUCAAUAUGUAAUUCUAGUUUUUCCAUCAUCCAUUCUGAUAUAUGGGGACCUAGUCGUAUCUCUUCUUUUGGUUUUAGAUAUUUUGUUACCUUUAUUGAUGAAUAUUCAAGAUGUACUUGGGUUUAUCUUAUGAAAAAUCGUUCUGAAUUGUUAGCUAUCUUUACAUCCUUUUUGAAUGAAAUCAAGAAUCAAUUUGGUCAAGUAAUCAAAAUAUUAAGAAGUGAUAAUGCAAAAGAGUAUUUCUCAUCCUCCUUUUCUGCCAUCUUGAGUUCCCAUGGUAUCUUACAUCAGUCUACUUGUCCUCAUACACCACAACAAAAUGGUAUAGCAGAACGAAAAAAUAGACACUUGGUUGAAACUGCUCGUACCCUUUUGCUUGGUGCCCAUAUUCCUGUCCAUCACUGGGGGGAUGCCAUCUUAACUGCAUGUUAUCUUAUUAAUAGGAUGCCCUCCUCCUCUCUUGAUAAUAAAGUCCCUUUCUCCAUUUUGUUUCCUAAUGAUCCUCUCUUUCAUACAUCUCCCCGAGUGUUUGGCUGUGUAUGUUUUGUUCAUGACAUGUCUCCAGGUCUAGACAAACUCUCCGCUCGCGCUCUCAAAUGUGUCUUUUUAGGCUAUUCUCGACUUCAAAAAGGAUAUCGGUGUUACUCUCCUGAAACUAAGAAGUAUUACAUGUCUGCCAAUGUCACAUUCUUUGAACAGACUCCUUACUUCUCUCCAUCUGUUCAAGAUGUUUCUAUCCUCCAGCAGGUCCUUCCUAUUCCAAUGGUUGAGUCAAAUAGCUCCACUGUCUCUGUCAUUCCAAGUCUUGAUCACAAUCCUUCUACACCUGUUUCUCCACAUACUGAGAUCAUCCCACACAGGGCCCCAAUGGAUAGUCCACCUCCCCAAGACAAUGGUGAAUCUCCUACUUCAGAUUCUUCUCCCUCGUCACCUCCUCCCACGCCUCCUGGUGCAAAUGAUUCAGCAUGGCCUAUUGCCCUCAGAAAAGGUACUCGUUCCACUCGGAACCCUCAUCCCAUUUAUAAUUUUCUAAGCUAUCAUCGAUUGUCGCCCUCCUAUUUUUCUCUUUUAUCCUCAGUGUCCUCUGUUGUUAUACCCAAGAAUGUGAAAGAAGCACUUGAUCAUCCUGGAUGGCGACAAGCUAUGAUUACAGAAAUGCAGGCUCUUGACCACAGUAAUACUUGGGAGCUGGUGCCCCUUCCCCUAGGCAAAAAGGCGGUUGGUUGUCGAUGGGUGUAUGCAGUUAAAGUUGGCCCUGAUGGUGAAAUUGAUCGGCUCAAAGCCCGGCUUGUUGCAAAAGGUUACACUCAGGUUUAUGGUCUUGAUUAUUGUGACACUUUCUCUCCUGUAGCCAAGAUGACUACUAUUCAUCUCUUCUUUGCCAUGGCAGCCAUUCGUCACUGGCCACUUCAUCAAUUGGAUAUCAAGAAUGCCUUCCUACAUGGUGAUCUUGAGGAAGAAGUUUAUAUGGAGCAACCUCCUGGGUUUGUUGCUCAGGGGGAGUCUGGUAUGGUAUGCAAAUUGCAUCGAUCUCUAUAUGGCCUCAAGCAAUCCCCACGUGCUUGGUUUGGAAAGUUUAGCUCUAUUGUUCAAAAAUUUGGGCUAAAACGCAGUGAAACAGACCAUUCAGUUUUUUAUUGUCAUUCUUCUCUCGGGAAAUGUGUUUACUUAAUAGUAUAUGUUGAUGAUAUUGUCAUUACAGGAAAUGAUGCUGUUGGAAUAUCUCAACUAAAAGAGUACUUGGAAGUCUCAAAUACUUCUUAGGCAUUGAAGUAGCGCAAUCAAAAGAUGGAGUUGUAAUCUCCCAAAGGAAGUAUGCUCUUGAUAUAUUACAAGAAACAGGCAUGAUUGAUUGUAGACCGGUAGACAGUCCCAUGGACCCAAACCAAAAAUUAAGGACAGAAGAAGGUGAAUUAUUCUCCGAUCCAGAGAGGUAUAGGAGGCUGGUUGGCAAACUGAUUUAUCUCACUAUUACAAGGCCAGAUCUAUCCUUUGCAGUUGGAGUGGCUAGUCAGUUCAUGCAGGCUCCAUGUGUUGACCAUUGGAAUGCUCUCAUUCGCAUUCUAAGGUAUGUAAAGAAGGCUCCCGGGCAAGGAUUGUUAUAUGAAGAUAAAGGAAGCAUUCAUGUCUCUGGGUAUUGUGAUGCAGAUUGGGCAGGUUCACCUAUUGAUAGACGGUCUACAACAGGAUAUUGUGUUUUUCUGGGAGGAAACAUUAUUUCAUGGAAAAGUAAGAAACAAAAUGUAGUAGCUCGAUCAACCGCGGAAGCCGAGUAUAGGGCAAUGGCAUCACUAACAUGUGAACUUAUAUGGGUGAAACAAUUCCUUCAAGAGAUUAAAUUUUGUGACAUCCAUACUAUGAAGAUGUAUUGCGACAAUCAAGCUGCUCUCCACAUUGCAUCAAAUCCAGUGUUUCACGAGAGGACUAAACAUAUAGAAAUUGAUUGUCAUUUUGUUCGUGAAAAGUUGUUGACCAAAGAAAUAUGUACUGAGUUUAUUGGGUCAAACGAUCAACUCGCAGAUGUAUUGACCAAGUCAUUAAGGGGUCCUCGGAUUGAGUUUAUUUGUUCCAAGCUUGGUACAUAUAAUUUGUAUGCUCCAGCUUGAGGGGGAGUGUUAGGAUAUUUAUCCUAUUUUAUCAUCAUUAUAGUGUGUCAAGGGUUACCCUAUUUAUCAUGAUUAUAUUAUGUCUAGGAUUACCCUAUUUAUCAUGAUUAUAUUGUGUCUAGGGUUACCCUAUUUAUCAUGUAUUUAUUUUUAUAAAUAGAAGAUUGUGAGAGGGAUCAAUCAAGCCCUCUAGAAUUA